UACAUUAGUCUAUCAUGUGAUUGUAUCGUGCGAGUGUUAAAUAAUUUUACUGUAGUUGUAUUUUUAAGUCGUGAUAUCAACAAAUAUUAAUUAGGCGAAUAAUACAAUUAUUUAUUUAUUAAAAAUUUGUUAACAUCUGUUUCAUAAAUACUUGCUUACUAAUUAUAACAGUUGGCUUGCACAAGUACAUCCAUCGAUACUAUUUACAUGAGUAAUUGUAGACUGUGGAGAACUUAUCGUCGAAGGAGUCCGAUAAUAAUUGAUAGUUAACGCUACCACCACUCAAUUCAUUAUAAACGAUAUUAUGUUCAUUAGUAGACUAACAGUUCGCACACCGGUCAUCUGUACUCCGUCGCUGUUGACGGUUCUCAAGAAACGUUUUGAAGUUUUCGCAGCUAUGAGCCAAUUAUCGCACGUGUCUACGAAUUUGGCUGGUCCGGCGGUCGGCGUCUACAGCCAAGCAGUUAAGUACGGCGAUACAGUUUACUUGUCAGGUACCUUGGGCUUGGAUUCUACCGGUAAGCUGGUUGAAGGUGGUGCCGGACCCGAAAUAAAAAAAGCAUUGGAAAAUAUUAAGCAUGUUUUGGAAGCGUCUCAAUCUUCUUUCAGUUCAAUCGUUAAGACCACGGUUCUGUUAGCUGACAUAAAAGACGGCCCAACGGUGAACGAGAUUUACAAGCAAUUUUUUGUGCCGCCAUAUCCGGCUAGAGCAAUGUUUCAAGUAGCCAAAUUGCCUUUGGACGCCAAAGUCGAAAUAGAAGUGAUUGCCGCGGUUAACAAGUAACCGCAAUAAGAAGAUUUAUUUUAAUUUUGUUUGUUAAAAGGUUUUAUGAACUUGCUUCGAGCAACGGAAAUAAUAUAAAUAUGUUAUUUACAAUAUAAAACGUGCUGUAUACAUAUAAAA